GAAUGGGAAAGAAGAAUUCCUCAUCGUGGAACUCAUGUAGUCAUACCGGUGCAGGAACAUAAAAUGGCGGCCAAUCCAUUAGCUGUGCUAGUAUUGACUGUAGAAGAGGAAACGUGGUUUGAUAUCUAUAUUAACAGGGUCAGACCGACAUUUCUACAGGGGAAGAAUGAAAUACAGAACUUUUUUAUCUCCUCUUCUGGUCAAAAGAUUCAGAAUGUAUCACAAGAUAUCGCAAGAUUUCAUUACAAAUUUGGAUUGAAAUCAGUGACCAGUGAAAUGGUCAGAAGGAAUGCCGAAACCUUUGUGUUCUCAAAAUGCAAAGAUAUCAACGAGAGGAAUAUAUUUAUAAAAUAUCUGUCACAUUCUAAUCACACGGCUGAACGUGUCUAUCGGGAGAAGAUUAUGGAUGACACGGUGAAAGCAUCAGAGACGCCGAUGAUACACGAGAGCAAAGAUAAUCCAACCACCUCCAAAACUGAAGAAGUGGAAAAACCUACAACCUCUCCUGUUAUAAGAUCAAAAAAGGACGAGUUUGAAAAAUUCAUAGAAAAGUAUCCUGUCAAUGUGGAGACGGACCCACCCCCUCAUAAAAUAUGCCUUGCGGAGUCUGCGGUCCAUGGGCAACAUUUAUAUGACAGGUGGAGGAAAAUGCAGAACAGGAUGCGAGUGCAGUAUAUAAUCGGAUUGCUUCAGAAUGAUCGGCCAAGUGAAGAUCGGGUGAGGAAAUGCAUUGGACUGCAGCUAUGGGAGAACAACUUACCAAGGGUCAGAGACAUUUUACAGCAAUGGAAGAAAAAGUGAUUUCACUGGAAACAGCGACAUUUGUUUGUUGUUGUUUUUAUUUGAUGUGGUUCGGCACGAUGGGGUUUGUGGAAUAAAUAUAAUUUCAUUAUUUUUUGGGACUGUGAUAAUGGGGUUUGUUUAAUAAAUGCAUUUUCAUUAUGUGUUUGGUGUCUUGGAUAAUGAGG